AUGGCAGAGACCACAGAGCCAGCCGAGGCGGCAAAGAAAGAUGGUCUACUGGCCCAGCUGGAGGAAGCCGACACUGAACUGGCACUGUUCAAGCUCUCCGGAGACAUUGACGACGCACUGCUAGACGCCAGCCUCGAUGAAUACCAACAAUAUCUCGACCAGCUCGACGCCGCUCGCUCGCAUCUAGACACUCUCCUCGCGUCCACCGCGGCAACCCUGUCCGAACUGUCCUCCAUCUCGGCCUCGUUCAGAUCCAUCGACUCGCAGACAAAAUCCUUCCAAGCCCAGUCCGCCUCAAUUCGUGAAGAACAGCACAAGAAUGAAGCCAUUGCACAGGACAUCGCCGACAAUCUUCGGUACUAUGAGCCCCUCGAACGCAUUACUCGACGGCUCAAUGCACCACAGGCGGGCAACUUUGUCAGGAGCCAGGAUUUCUCAGACAUGCUAGUCACGCUGGACGAGUGCAUCGAUUACAUGCAGACACAUCCCGCUCAUAAAGAAGCCGAGAGUUACAGAUCGAGGUACAAACUGCUCCUGACACGGGCACUGACUCUGGUACGCAAUACCUUUAUGGCUGGCGUGCGGGAAACCACGACCGAGGUCGCCGGACGGAUCGCCGCGAAGCAGCUGAACGACACGACCAUGUCAGCACUCCUGUAUGCAAAAUUCCGGGUCGGAGCGGCCGAGAUGAAGGAGCUCGGGUUGGAAAUCCAGAAACGAGCCAACCCGCCGGCCGACGCUGAGCCAGGCACCGAGGGAGAAUACCAGAGUCUGAUGAAUGAGUUGCACGCCAGUUUCGCCGCCUGUCGAGGGAGGUUGAUCCUGCCCAUCGUACAUAAGCGGCUCGCCGAGACGGCUCAACUGCCGAGUUCGAAGGACCUGGUACCGUUCGCCAGAGCGGCGAUCAGCUACAUUCGCGGGAUAUGCCUCGACGAGUUCGAGCUGUGGGCAGAAUGGUUCCACGGCUACCGUGGGCUCUACGACUUCCUCGAGUCGCUGUGUGAACCACUGUACGACCACCUCCGGCCACGGAUCAUCCACGAGAACAAGCUCGCGAAGCUGUGCUCGCUCGUCACGUUGCUCCAAACCCGGUAUCUGCACGACGAAGAGGAAGACGGCCUCCCGGACCUCAACCAGCUCGACUUCUCCGCCCUGAUCCAGCCGGCUCUCGAAGACGCACAGACCCGGCUUGUCUUCCGCGCCCUCGCCAUCCUCCGCGAGGAGAUCGAGAUGUUCAAGCCCAAACCGGAGGAUCUCGACUAUCCGCGCCUGACAUCCGUGCCGCCCGUCUCCGCCAGCAAGGCAGCCCUCUCCGGCCGCCGAGGCUCUCGCGACCCAUUGACCUCCCUUCCCAAGACAUCCAUCACCGAUCUGGACGAAGACUCCGCCGACGAAGGCCCCUUCUCCUGGACGUUGUCGGCGUCACGCCGCUCGGCCCUCAGACACAGCUACCCGACGCUCUCGCGCUCGAUCCGUCUCCUCUCCCGCAUCUACAGACUGGUGAACUCGUCCGUGUUCGACGACCUGGCGCACCAGGUCGUCCAUCAAACGACCCUGUCGCUCGUAUCCGCGUCGAGCCAAAUCUCGACGAGAUCCUCCGCCGCGGACGGUCAACUCUUCCUGCUCAAACACCUGCUCCUCCUCAAAUCGCAGAUCGUGGCCUUUGAUAUCGAGUACGUCACGCCGGACGUGAGUUUCGACUUCUCCGGCGUGGCGUCUACGUUCUGGGAACUGCGCGAGCGAGGCGGGCUCUUCAACCCGGCCACGUGGAUGAGACUGUUCAGCUCAGGCGGGCUCCUGCCCAAGGUCAUGGAGAACAUGCUCGACGCGAAGCAAGAACUCGACGGACGACUCAGGCAGGUCAUCAACGAGUUCACGGCCGGCUUCGCAAGGUCGAUGUGCAAGGACUUGCCUCGGGGCGUGGACAAAGUGGGCGGUAAGAAAGCGGACAGGGAAACCGUCCUGGCCGAAGCGGUGGGCAAGACCCGCAGCACAAUCGAGAAGGAGAUCCCCAUCCUGCGGGCCAAGUUGGAACAAUAUCUCGACGACCAUCGCACGCGGGAGACGCUCGUGGCCGCCGUGGAGGACCAGGUCGUCCAGAUCUACGAGGCCUUCUUCGAUGACUAUGCCGCGCAGUCGGCCUCGGCCGCGGCGAAGGGCCAAAACGGCAAGGUCAACGGUAGGUCGGCCACCCCGAUCUCGCGCAAAGGAAAGGGUCCCGAGGAUGCGGUGUGGGAUACCGACACCUUUGCCGAGUGGGCCGAGGGUUUGUUCAACGUGGCGUUGCCGAAUGUGGAGGAUGAGGAAGACGGAAGGGGAAGCCAUGUCGCGAGCAGGAGUCUGUCCAGGAGUCGGAGUCCUUAG